UUGCUUGUGACUACAAUUUUGAAUUAUCAUCUCCACGCUGACCCCAAUUCACGCAAUCCAGACGAUCUCACAGAAACUCUCGAGUCUGAUUGUUGGAAUCAUUCAUGAAUUUCUUCAAGUCCAUUUUAUCAGAGGACUCGGAUCCUCUGGUACCCGAGAACCCACAAAGCCGGUCCCAAGACGGCGGCGGCGACGACGACAGCCGCUCCAAUGGGAGCUCAACCCAAGGCGAAGAAGAAGCCGAGUCAGACCGUAAUCCGGGUCCCGAUGCCGGUGCAGGAGCGUGGAGCAUCGGAGGUCUUUGGAAGACCCUAGCGAACCGAUCCGAGUCGGUUAUCGAGAUAUACCGGCGGGAUCUGAAGGAAUUCGGGUCGGGCCUGCAGAAGGAAACGGUGGUGUUUCGCGAGGUCGCAAGCCGCGCCGUGAAGGAUCUGCCGACGUCGAUCGAGGCCGGCGCGUCGGUGGCUCACGGAUCCCUGGAAACAGUGGGGCACGCCAUCGACGGAGUGUGGAAAUCGACGGCCGAGAUCAUCUCGCAAGGUAAGGACGCCCUUCUUCAACCUUCCGAUGGCGAAUCGGACUCCGAUGCGCUUAACUAUAGUAACCACAGUGUGAACUCGACGAGAUACAGUCGGUUCGACGCGCUAUUACGCUCGAUCCAGAGUGAUCAGAGUACUUACUGUGACGAACCUGAUGAUUUGGAGGACUACAGCAAGUGGAAAUUAGGGUUUUUGUUGGAGGAGAAGAGUGAGGAAAUUAAGAGCCUGAUUGAAGAAAAUGGAACCAUUGAGGAGAUAUACAAAAAGGUCGCGCCGAAUGUGGUUGAUCGCGAGACCUUCUGGUGCCGAUACUUCUACAAGGUGAAUAAGCUUAAGCAACGGGAGGACGUGAGGGCUAAUCUCGUGAAGAGAGCAAUUGUUGGCGAUGAUGAAGAAUUGACUUGGGAUGUGGACGAUGAUGAAGAUCCGGAAGAGACCAAUGGGCAAUCAAAGAGCAAUACAUUGAAAUUGGAAAACAGGGAAUUGGAAAGUAAAGAAUUGGCCCAAGAUGUGAAGGAGGGGAGUUCCAUGGAUGAACCACAAAAUGGGAGUUCUGAGCUUGUUGAUGACAAGGAAGAGAACAAGAGCAAUGUGGAUAAGGGAAAUGUUGGUGAAGAAGUGAAGAAACUGGAAUUGGGUUCUGAACAAAGUUCUGAAGUGAAAAAUGUUGGGACAGUGCUAAAAUCUGAUGAAAAGCAGGGUCCAGAAUCCAAAAAAGCCGAGCCAGUAUCAAAAUCAGAUGAGAAGGAAGCCUUGGAUGGGAAGGUUGAUAGUGGUGGAUCUUGUAAAGAUAGUGAUGUCUCAAUUGUGUCAACUCAGCCAUCCCUGCCUGAGGAGGAGGACCUUGGCUGGGACGAGAUUGAGGAUGUUGGAAGCGGUGAUGAAAAGAGGGAGACUCAUGCCGGGAACUCGAACAGAGCUGAUCUGCAGAAGCGGUUAAGUGUUGCUGCAGAUGUCGAAGAUGAGGAUUUGACUUGGGAUAUCGAAGAUGAUGAUGAAACUGCGGCAAAGCUUGAUGCCAAGUAAAUGAAAUAUCACUCAUCAAGAUAUAUUAUAUUGUGUUCUUGCCCUUCUCGUAUUACAUGUUUUAUGCAAGUGUUCAGCUGCAUAGAGUGGGGAAGACUUCCUUCCUUCAUAAUUGAUUUAUGAAGCAAAUUGUUUUAUUGAUUGUGUAAUAUAAUAAUAUUUGAACGCAAUUGGUUUCAUAAUAAUAUCACGCACCACCUUUUUAA